AUGACUCGACUGAUGGACGACAUGUUCUCUAACUAUAGAACAGAGAUACGUCCCACCAAGAAAUGGGAGGACUCAGUUGUUGUUAACGUAUCAUUUUAUAUUCUCACCGUUCAUGACGUUGACGAAUUGGCUGGGUCUCUUAUUCUGAGUGGAGGAAUAAAUGUGAUGUGGACAGAUAUUCGGCUAAUGUGGCAACCAGACAGCUACGGUGGCAUACCGAGCAUAAUGGUGAAUUCAUCUAAGGUUUGGACACCGAAAAUUUUCCAGUUCUCUUCUACAGCAGACAUAGAAAGGUUGAGUAUGAAUGAUUUUGACAUCAGAAUAAACAAUCAUGGUGUAAUGCUUGUGAGUCCAGGAAAGGUGUUUAAGUGUUCGUGUGUUGUUGAUAUGACGAACUUCCCUACCGACUCACAGACAUGUCAUAUGUCUCUAAUAGCUUGGGGAUACUACACUAAAGAAAUAAAACUUUCCUAUCUUGACCCAAGCUUCGAUCUCGGUUUCUUAAGCCCAAAUGGUGAAUGGAAUGUUGAUAGCAUCUCACCGGGAAAGUUUCCUGAACAUGAAAACGGAACCAGUGCUCUCGUUUAUACUAUCAUUUUGACAAGAAGGUCAGCAUAUUUCAUGAUGUCAAUGGCAGUGCCCGUGUAUAUACUGUGUUUCCUGCAUCCAUUUGUGUUUCUUCUGCCGGCCGCAUCUGGUGAGAGAAUCUCCUACAGCAUCACUAUGUUUCUGUCUCUGGCUGUAUACAUGACAAUCGUUAGUGAUAGUAUGCCAAAGGUAUCCGAACCGAUGGCGGGAAUUUCCUACUUUCUACUUGUCGCAAUGUUACUCAGCUGUGUGCUGAUAAUACUAACAAUUUUCAGUCUACGCUGGGAUGCAGUUACUGAUACGAAGCAAUUUCCAAAAUGGUUGAAAAUAAUCGUAUUGCGAUUGAAGAAAAAAGAAAAGAAAAUAUUUUGUAAUAAAUCACUCGCUCACAAAAAUUCUAUCGCAAAUAACUCUAGCUCAAACAUGUCUGAAGAACCCGAUGUCAACAUUGCAUCUGAGGACAAAGGAAACCAUUUUGUGAAUGAAAAGACGGAUCUACAAAAGAAAGACGUUGUCGAUUUCAUUGACAAUGCUUUAUUCGUGACCACGGAAAUAGUAGUUACUGGAUUAAUUAGUGGAUUUGCUAUUAGGUUUUACAGAUGA